AUGUCCGCGUCGCAGGCUGCCUCAACACCGGAGCGUCACGAGAGACGUCGUCAGGAUGAUGUCGAAGGCAGCCCGACGAAGGUUCCCUACAGCCUCGGCGACAGUCACGGAGAGGCGAUACUGAAUCUGAUCGACGAUCUCGUCGGGAUCGAACCCGAACAUGCCGUCGCGUACGUCGGUAACUACCGCGGGAGCUUCGCGCCCCUUCUGGAGUCCAAGUUCGCGUUACGGAAGCGGGUGAAACGCGUGCAUCUCGGAGCGCAGACCGGCGCCAUCCCGUUAAAAAGAUCCCUGCCCGCCAGCGCCGUGUACCCGAACACGCAGAACGACUUCACCAUCGUGGCGGGCGCCAUUCCCGUCAAGUCGUCGGGAAACUUCCUGAGCGACGCGGGGAAGGCGGUGCCGUACGACAGGGUGGUGUUUUAUGACGCCCUCGGCUGUGUGGAGAACACGGGGAGCAUGUUCGACCACGUCGGCAACAUGCUGGCAGAAGAUGGGAAAAUUGUCAUUAUUCAUCGGCCAGUAGGACUGUGCUCGCUGCCCCUCCCGGCCGCUGGGUACAAACUCCUGCAGGAGACCAGCGUGUCGUCCAACAAGCUGACCACAGAACUGCGCGCCAACGGGUUCGUCAAGGUCACGUGCGAGGUCCGUACUGUUCCCGUCAGGAUUGAGAAACACAGGUACCUCGCGAUGAUGAGAGAAGGCUUCCCCCCUCCCAUGGACCGGGUGAAAGGCGGAGAGCUGGCGAGGGGAGUCCGGGAACUGGACACCAGGAUCAAGGAAGACCUGCUGGAGUUUAGGGACAGGGUGGUCGUCAUCAGCGCAUGCGCAGGCAGGCCCUCGCUUUGGAAGAAGUUUGACCACAGGGUGAACUAUAACCCGGGCCCGACUGAACUGUUUGGGCAUUUUUAG